AGUUAAGCACACAGAUUUGGGAAAUUUCCAUAGAAGCUUCUGUUGCCGGGAAACUUCCCAAAUCCAAAUCCCAUCCCUCUUAUUUUGGGUUUCCCGCUGGAAAAUUAGUGGACGGAAAAUGGGCUUAGACAUAGUGGAGCCAAACACUUGCGUUAGAGGUUGCUGCUCUAGCAAUUCAAUCCCUCUUCACCUUCCUCCUUCUUCCUUCUCUCUUCUAUCCCCAGUUGCCAGGGGGGCUGAAAGCGUUGUUUACGAAGCAAUUUUGGAUGGAAAGAGAGUUGCUGCUAGGAAGCCAAUCCUGUCUACCUCGGAGGAGUUGGAUAAAUUUCACAAGGAAUUGCAGCUCCUUUGCCAGCUAGACCAUCCUGGCAUUGCUACCCUCGUCGCCGCGCAUGCCAAGCCUCCCAAUUAUAUGUUUUUCUUCGAAUUCUACGAACCCAAUCUGGCUCAUAAGUUACACGUGCAAGAAUGGAUUCCCGAUCUUGAUCAGGCGCUCUCAAUCAUGCUCCAAUUAGCGAAGGCCUUGCAAUAUCUGCAUAACAAAGGAAUCAUACAUAGAGAUGUGAAGCCAGCAAAUGUUCUUCUUGACAGAAACUUUUCUGCACACCUAGCUGACUUUGGUUUGGCAGAGUAUAAGAAGGAUCUCAGAAGAGUCUCUAUCGAGAAUUGGAGAUCAUCAGGUAAGCCAACAGGUGGUUUUCACAAAAAAAAUAUGGUUGGAACUCUUAUUUACAUGGCCCCUGAGAUAUUGACGAAGGAGAUACAUACUGAAAAAUCAGAUGUCUACAGCUUUGGAGUGUCCAUCAAUGAACUGCUAACCGGCAUUGUCCCAUACACUGAUAUCCGUGCUGAAGCUCAGGCCCACACUGUUCUGGAGAUGAACUAUACUGAACAGCAACUUACUGCAGCUGUGAGCUCUGGUGGACUGCGACCAGUUCUCGCUGGUAUUGACUCUGGAAUACCAGCAAGUAUGCUGUCACUAAUUCAAAAGUGUUGGGAUGCAAAUCCUCAAAAUAGGCCUUCUUUUGAUGAUAUAGUGUUAGAACUGGAUGGUAUUCUGCAACAAAGAAAGAAAAUGGGGAAAGAAGGUUUUUCUCUUCAACUAUCUUCCAUUUCCCAUGGUCAUCAAGUCAUUGAUAGCGUUAAGAACCUUCAUACCUAUCAGGAAAAGAUUAACUGGUCUACACAGGGAGAAUGUUUAUCCAAAGGAACUUCAUUUGGGGUAAAUUCUGGUUUGAGAAUGUGGCUGGAUUCUUUUGAUGAUUCUUUGGCAUACCUUCCUUUGCUUUCUUGGGGAUCCUUUGCUACAUGUGGGAGAAGGGAGAGUAUGGAGGACACACAUUUUCUUAUGCCUUUCGUAUGCAACGAGAAGGAUGUUCAUGCUUUUGGUGUCUUUGAUGGCCAUAGAGGUGGUGCAGCAGCUGAGUUUUCAGUUCAAGCAUUGCCUGAAUUUCUGAAAACCUUAGGUUCUACAAGCAGUCCUGCUGAUGCACUGGUGGAAGCAUUUGUUAAGACAGAUGUUGCAUUUAGAGAUGAACUUGAUUCUCAUCGAAAAUCAAGGAGGGUUAUCCAGAAAGAUUGGCAUCCUGGCUGCACGGCAGCGGCUGCUCUAAUAGUUAGAAACAAGCUUUUUGUUGCUAAUGCAGGUGAUUGCAGGACAAUUUUAUGUCGGAGAGGAUGUCCCUUAGCUCUAAGCAGGGAUCAUGUUGCAAGCUGUCCUGAGGAGAGAAACCGAGUUAUCAGUGCAGGGGAAGUAAAAUGGCAAGUUGAUACAUGGAGGGUUGGUCGUGCUGCACUUCAGGUAACUCGCUCCAUCGGUGAUGAUGAUCUGAAGCCUGCUGUAACUGCAGAACCCGAGAUAACUGAAACUGUACUUUCGGCAGAAGAUGAGUUCCUGGUAAUGGCUAGUGAUGGACUUUGGGAUGUUGUGGGCGACACGGAGGUGAUAACCAUCAUUAGGGAUACGGUUAAAGAGCCUGCAAUGUGUUCGAAAAGAUUGGCGACGGAAGCUGUAGCACGUGGCAGUAAAGAUAAUGUAACAGUCGUCGUUGUCUUCCUUCGUCCGGUAUCCACGGCGGAGAGAGUUUACUAGGGGUUUACCUCCGAAACUGUCAACUGUUAAAGGUUGAUUUUGAUAGCAUUCUGUGCAUUUAAUUCAACUAUUUAUUUUCAAUGGAAAACACAACGCAGCCAGAAUAUUAAAUAAGAUGAAAUUGAUGAUCCAUGUUCAGAGC